CUGCUGAGCAGGCAAUACGGUGUCCCCUCCAUAAACCUCGCACAGUUCGACAUUGACGCAGGCGUCAUCAAGCUGGUAUCUGCGGCCGCUGCCGAGAAGUACGAGGUCGUCCCCGUCAGCCGGGCAGGGGCGACCCUGACGCUCGCGAUGUCCAACCCGACGAAUGUCUUUGCGGUCGACGACAUCAAAUUCAUGACCGGAUAUCAGGUCGAGCCGGUCGUCGCGGCGCAAUCGGCGGUCCUCGCUGCGAUUGACCGCUACUACGGUAACAAGGGCAAGGACAUCCGACCGACGGUUCAGGAGAUCAACGCGAGUCCACACGUGCCGGCGAGGAACCCCCUCGAGAGAAUGCCGGAUCGGGAGGACGACGGAGUCGAAGUGAUCGAGGAGAUGGAGGGCGCCGCCGUGCUCUCCAUCGAGACGCCGAGCAGCGAGGCGCCGGUCGUCCGGCUGGUCAAUGCGGUGCUGGCAUCCGCCAUCCGGAAGGGCGCCAGCGACAUCCACGUCGAGCCGUAUGAGAACGAGUAUCGGAUCCGCUUUCGAAUCGAUGGCACCCUGUACACCGAGAUGGCGCCUCCGCCAAAUCUCCGGGAUGCCAUCACUUCGCGGCUCAAGAUCAUGGCGCAGCUCGACAUCGCCGAAAAGCGUCUGCCGCAGGAUGGUCGGAUCAAACUCCGCUUGCGCGCCGAUGGCGGUGCCAACAACAUCGACUUCCGCGUAUCCUGCCUCCCGACGUUGUUCGGCGAGAAGAUCGUCAUGCGGCUGCUCGACCAGAGCAAGCUGAUGCUCGACAUGAGGAGGCUCGGGUUCGAGUCGGUCUCGCUGUGCAGCUUCGAAGAAGCGAUCAGCAAGCCCUGGGGCCUCGUGCUCGUCACCGGUCCCACCGGCAGCGGCAAGACGAACACUCUGUACUCGGCCAUCGCCAGGAUCAACACCACUUCCACCAAUAUCGUCACCGCGGAGGACCCGGUCGAGUUCAAUAUGUCCGGAAUCAACCAGGUGCAGAUGCGAGAGAGUAUCGGGUUGAACUUCGCCGCUGCGCUGCGUUCGUUCCUGCGCCAGGAUCCGGACGUCAUACUCGUCGGUGAGAUCCGGGACGUCGAAACAGCCGAGAUUGCGAUCAAGGCGGCGCUCACCGGGCAUCUCGUGCUGUCGACACUACACACCAACGACGCCCCGAGCACCGUCAACCGACUCAUGAACAUGGGCAUUGAACCGUUUCUCGUGGCCAGCGCCGUCAACCUCAUCUGCGCGCAACGGCUGGUGCGCCGGGUGUGUGACAACUGCGCGGAGGACCACCACACACCGGCUCCCACCCUCUUGGAGAUCGGAUUCUCUGCCGAGCAGGCCGUUACGGUGACGCCUCGGCGCGGCUCCGGCUGCGAGCGGUGCAAUGGUACUGGCUUCAAGGGGCGAAUCGGGCUCUACGAGGUGAUGCAGGUCACCGAUGACCUUCGGCGAAUGAUCUUGCUGGGAAGCUCGGCGCUCGAGUUGCGGCGCCACGCGAUAGAUGACGGCAUGCUGACCCUGCGUACGAGCGGGCUGUACAAGAUCGCGGAGGGGCAGACGACCAUUGAAGAAGUGCUGAAGGAAACGGUCAAGUAG